AUGCGCUCGGAGGCAGCAUUUGCUCUCGCCGCCUGCUUCUCCCGGCGGGCGCCCGUGUCCUGUUGGGAUGAGACCUUGGACCCCAAGGAGCUCACCGAGUGCGUGGAGAUGCUGUUGCAGCUGGAAGAGCCACCCGAGGAGCUAUGCGAGGAGUUCCUGAGCCACGCUGGCGCCCGCCUUGAGGCUGAGCUGGCAGCGCUGGAGGCCGAGCUGCCCCCGGCCGACCCCUCCAGCACCGCCACCACGCCGCCCCCCCUGCCCUAUCUCCUGGCCACCCUCGCCUCCUCCGUCCUUGGCCAGCUCAAGGCCGUCCUGGCCUAUGUGCAGCUCUUCACCGCCAAGGAUGUCGCCUUCGCCAGCCUGCCCUACUUCAAGGGGGAGUUCUGUGCGGAGGCGGUGCGCGAAGGGCUGGUAGUGGCCUUCGUGCGCUGGCUCUCCCCGGCCCUGCUGCUGCUCCUUGCCCGCCUCUGUCUUGACUAUGAGGCCACCACCGUCAGUUACAUCCUCACUCUCACCGACGAGCAGUUUCCCCCCCAGGACACGGGCCCGGCGGUGACACCGGGACCGGCACUGUGCGCAGAGGCACGGGGGGCGGCACAGCGGCUGCUCGACCACUACGUGCAGGUCCAGGGCGCCGCGGUGGCACAGAUGCUUAGGAAGAGUGUGGAGACGCGAGACUGGUUGGGCACCGUCGAGCCCCGCAACGUUCGUGCUGUAAUGAAGCGCGUGGUCGAGGACAUCACCGCCAUCGAUGUCCAGGUGGGGCAGCUCUUCGAAGAGGGGGUGCGGCGGGGCGCCCCCAUGGACACUCACCUGCUCAGCAACAUCCAGAAGCUCUUCUCUGAACGCAUUGACAUCUUCAGCCCUGUCGAGUUCAACAAGGUGUCGGUGCUGACUGGGAUCAUCAAGAUCAGCCUAAAGACGCUGCUGGAGUGUGUGCGGCUGCGGACAUUGGGGCGCUUCGGGCUGCAGCAGGUGCAGGUGGACGGCCAUUACCUGCAGCUCUACCUCUGGCGCUUCGCCGCUGACGAGCGGGUGGUGCAGGGGCUGCUGGACGAGGUGGCUGCCAGCGCCGCCCACCGCUGCCUCGACCCCGUCCCCAUGGAGCACAGCGUCGUCGAGCUCAUCUGCGAGCGCGGGUAGGACAUGGGGACACACGGGGGCGUGGGUUGAUGUACAGGACAUGGCGUCGCGUAGCGGGGGGGACACAGGGACAUGGGACAUCUGUGUCACCAUGGGGCACAGCCGAGUGGGGACAUCUCUGGGAGGGGUGCAUGUCUUAGGUUCUGUUAUGUAUCUGGGGACAGACCUGUACCCUGUGAGUCCCCACACAUACAUGGGGAUGCUCCAUGUAUCCUCCCCCAUAUGGCAACACACAAGGAUGUCCCGUGUCCCCACACCCACACAGGGUCACCCCAU